AUGGAAGAGGUUUUCCCUAAAACCAGAUACAUCUUGGCUCAGCCUGAUGAAACUGGAACAGGCUCAAAGCUGCAUGCAUGCCAGUGCCCUGCUGCACCUGCAGUAACAGGCGUCGGCCCUUUCGCGCCUGGAGUCAAUGAUGACUGCCAAGGAGUCCAUAUCAAUGUAGUCAGAACGGAUCCGGCCAAUGGCACAACCGUGUCGAAAACCAUUCCUCUGGAUGAUGUUGAAAAGUGGAAGUCCGAAGGAUGGAAUAUUUGGUACUAUCCAAGCCGUCCAUGCAAUAAAGACAAGAACGGUGUGGAUCCCCGCCCGAUCUCAGCUCCUGAGGACAUCAUUCACCAAGACAAGCCACAUAGGGACACAAUGAAGCUCUUUCAUACCGGAUCUUCCUUUGACGAUCUAUCCUUUGAGUCAAGAGGCGACAACAAGGCGAACGCCGGCCGUCAGAUCACGAAAGACAUGAUCCCAAAGAAGAAUUGGAACUUGGGAAGAGAACCUGUUACGCUUUGGUGCCCUGAGAAUCCCACCUCGACCAUAUAUCUCCCUCCAAUGAACGAGUCUAGUCAGAAUGCUGCAGGCGGUGAGGAAGAGAUUGAGACAGCCACCAAGAGGUCUCUUUGGGACAGAUUCAAUCCUUCAGAAGCUCACCUGAGCCGUUUCCAAUCAAUUGGCUAUGGUCUCGGUGGCCAAGUUCCUCUCGGUGGUCGUGGAGGUCGAGGAGGUCGUGGCAGCGGGUUCAUAAGCCGUUUCGGAUAG